CGAGGAACGCGUCUUCUCAUAUAAACGGAGCCUCUGCUCGUCGAAUGUAAAUUGCUACCGGAUUCGUUCGCUUAGCUUCAUUAGGGCUUGGUCAUGGCACCCCUUUGUUCAGCUCGGGUAUGGAGACCCGAGCAGGAUUGAUGCGCAGCCAAACGCCACUCGAAUUCUUAAGUAAUACCUAAUCCGGCACCAUCGUAGGCAUCAUCCAUUAUGUAGAUACGCUACGACAACGCCAAGCCAUGACCGAGAAACUACCUAUCUAGUUGCAUUUUCUGAUUUCAUGUCAUUACGCUCCUGAAUUGCCCAAACAGGUAUGACAACUGGACGCCGUCGUUUUGAUAGUACCUAGUGAAGGCUCACCGUGUCAGCAUCGAAUUAGAUAGAAUCGACCCUUUUCUAAACUCUUGGGUUAUAUUUGAAAUUUGUUGUCAGAGGUAGGCAGCUGAGGUUAGACUAGCACAAUAUUCGUCAUGUCGUAUUCUAACCAGCAACCGCCUCCGCUCCCGCCUCGGAGCCCAAGACCUCCGGUCACUGGAUUUGCCCCCUCGCCUCAACAUCCCGGCCCGAGUUUCCCACCUCCCCCGCGGCGUCUGCCGUCAGGGCAUUCGGGUUACGUGUCGAGCCCCGUUGGUCCCCCUCCACCGCUUCCGCCAAGACCAGCGGGUUAUGAGAUCAGAACUCCAAGUAACCCUAGCACUCCGCUCACCUACUCGCCCUCCGCUGGCCAUGCUCCGCCUAGUCCUCAUAGCCAGGCCGGCCCUCCUUUUCCACUGCCGCCACCGCCCCCCUACUCGGCUUUUCCGGUAGAUGCCUCUACACCUCAACACGCAUUACAUCCAGGGCCGGUUCCGGGAGCCACGAGUCCGAGUGUGUUGACAACGUUCCCACCACCGCCCCCUGGGCCCCCUCCCCAGCCAAGCCCUCACCCUUCCCCUGGCAUUCCUCAAUAUUCGCCUGCUCCCUCUCGCCCUCUAAGUGCAGCGGGACCUGCAGCUGGAUACCCAUCCUCACAGUCCCCUAUCCAGCCCGCUCAGCACCAUAACAUUACACCCGACUCUGGUCAGACUCCCAGCAAUGACUUUCACGUCCCCCCGUCUAAUAACUUCCACACUCCAUCAUCUAAUGACUUCUACACCCCACCGUCUAAUGGCUUUCACAUCUCCACGUCUUCGGAUGAAAAUCCUCCUAUAUAUCAGUCGUCUAGCAGCAAUGCAGGAUCAUCUCAUGGGGCUUCAGUUUUAUACCCCCAGGAAAAAGCUUCACGGAAUGAAUACGCCAAUCCAAUUUCUUCGGAAGCGCCUUCAACGGAGAGUUCCAACUCCACUGCCGAGUCCUCUGGGGUUAUUCCCAGCGUAGCUCCUUCGCAGAUACCUCAAUCUACGCAAGAGCCCCUUGAAGCAUCGUUUCAGUCUCUACACUUGAACUCAGGACCACCUGUCCCUCCCAAGGCUCCUCUAGCUCCAAGCUCCGCUGAGAAUCAACUCGGUGGACAAGCCGCUUCUUCUUCGGCGACAUUCUCAGGCUAUAGGCCGUACGUCCCUCCAGCUCCGAGCUCGACUCAGAAUCAACCUGGCGAACAAGCUGCUUCUUCCUCAGCCACAUUCUCAGGUUACAGGCCAUACGUCUAUUCACCCCAGACAAAUCCACCUCAAGAUUACUCUGCCAAACCCGCUCCAUCACCGCCCAAUGCUCAGCCAAAGCCAUAUUCACCGCCGCCAUUAGCACUCCCAAAGCCUAAAGCAGUCGCAUCAUGUAUCGACACGCUCGUGACGUUCACCACAGAUUGGUACUACCACCCGGAAGCAUCCAAAUAUCUCAUCUGUUCCAGAUGCUACGUAGACCACAUCCACGGCACCAAAUUCCAGGAUACUUUUCACCGCAGCCGAUUCGACGACGGCAAGCCGCGCUUAUGCCGCUUCAACAAGCCACGGAUGAAAGACCACAUCUUCAAAGAGGCGCUCGCCUCAGGAUUUCUACGAAAAGCCGUAGAGUGGAUGCAGAAGCGGUCUUCGAUUGUCGACUGCAAGGGCGUCGAAGGCGUCAAAGGGAAAUCCGCAGAUGGCAUCGUAUGGUACAUGGCGCGCGAUCUCCCCGGGUUCCUGUCCUGCGAGGCUUGCUACGAGGACAUGGUCCUGACGAACCAAUUCGCGCAUAAUCUCAGCGUGCACACCGAUUCCCAAGGAGCGGACGAUGUCUGGUCCUGCGAUAUUGCCGUGCCGUUUAUCGAGAGGGAAUACGAGCAGAAGGCCAAGCAGAACGACUGGGAGGGCUUCGUAGCCGAAGCGCAAGCCCGGCUCACGGGACGGCCUUGUCCCGGGAGCGCCAGUAUCAGAGGCUAUGGGCGGAAAUGGUUCGUUCCCAGGGCCGGACCACAAGAUCUCAUCUUAUGUUUUGCGUGCUACUGCGACCAGGUCAUCGGCACAGGCGAGGACAGCAAAUGGGAAGCCGCGCCCGACUUCCCGAUCGGCGCAGACGUGCGCUGCGCACGCGGCCGGUUCAAUUGCCGGAUCCUGAUGGCGAAGGCCGCAGAGACGAAAGACUACGCUAUGUUUUGGGAUACUGUCCAUCGCCUCUAUGCCGAGAAGCCGUGCGAAGGCGACGGUAUCGUAGACGGCGUUUGGUACACGCUCGCCUCAAACCCGAAGGAAUUCGGCGUCUGCGGCGCCUGCUGCGUCGGGAUCCUCGAGCCGUUGGAUAUUGCGCGCUUCUGGAAGCGCAGGACGGAUGUCCCGCCCGGCGCGAAGUUGCUUUGUUGCUUUAAUUUCAAUCAUCCGAGAUUCAAGAACUUCAUCCCGGGCUUGCUCGAGAUGUGGUACACGAAGAACCCGAGGCCGCUCGACGAAUAUGCAUCUGUUUACGCGUCGAUUGCGCCGUGUAUGCGCGAUGAAGAUAAGCCGAACCUGCGCUGGUAUGGCUGGGGAGAUUGUACUAUUUGUCCGGAGUGUUAUCAGGACUUUGCGCGAGAUAGCCCGCUGGAUAAAUUGAUGGAAUACCGUAAUACAGAAAUAGCAGGAAACACGGUGUGCGAAAUGUACAGCACACGAAUGCGCAACCUAUACACAGAAUGCGGCAACGCCAGCCCUCCCAAACUGCAAAACCUACUAGAAUUCUCAGCACAGCGGCGACAAGUGUACAUCGAGACGGUGCCACAGAUACGCCAUCUCCUAGCCGAGGCGAACAGAGCGCUCGAGCAGCAGAAGAUGCUGAACGUCCUCAGCAGCCACCACAACUUCAUGGGGUCCAUCAACCAGAUCAACUACGGGACUACGCACGGCGCGCCAGGCGUCGGAUACGGCUAUGCGAACCGCGACUUAUUGCAGGGUGCGCAGUAUGGGCAGCAGGCCACGGCCGUCAUGAUGGGAAUCCUGAAUGGUGGGUAUAAUAAUACUGUUCAGCAACUAGAGCAGCGAUGGAGGGCAGUAGAGUAGAUUGAGAGAGGGUUUAUAGAGUUCGAUGCUACGUGUAGUUGUUUAAAGUGUAUAAAUCAGUUCAGUAACCCCUUUAAAGUGUGGUUAAGCUGAGGAGCGUAUAUGUCUUUAUGCAGAAAGGCUAAGAUGUGCUUGCUUAGCAGCUUUGUUAAAGGUGUGUACGACUUGUGAAUGACGGGCAGACAGUAAAAUGCUAAACUGCGAUAACGAAUUAAACCGAUGAGCAGAGUCUGCUAAGCCCCUUUCCACACGCUGUGCUACACUAG